AUGUCCCUCAUUAGUGACCCCGACUAUGUCAUUCACAAUCUUCGUCUUAACUACCUCCGUCAUGUGGACGAUCCGUAUGGUCCACGUAUAAUCAGCAUCUCUCAGAAGCAUUGUGCCAAUCCAUUAGUCGUUGCGACUGGUCUUGACGACCCGGAUCUGUGGCCGGAACUGAGAGUUCCGUCAAGUCCCAAACUCGCUGCGGUUGAUGCGAGCCUUGCGAAUGGCAGUCUAUCAACAACGCCACCUGUUUCGUCAGGCAUGGGGGACGGGCCUAACUUUGGAGCGACUGGGCUCAGGCACUCUGAAACCAUUUACGGGAGCUCUAGAAAUGGGGCUGCUGGAAUGCGAGUUUCUGGUAGAUUCACAUCCAACACGCCUCGAAAUCGCGGGCUGGGUCUAGAGGCGGCCGAGCUUAGCACAUCUGUUGGGUCGCAGGUCGCCCGCCUUCGAUCUGACAGUGCUCCAACUCCCUCAGCAUCGACAACAGUAACGAGCAACCCCAUUCCGACUGUAUCUACCUCUCCAGGUGGGACUGAGAGGUUCCCACAAACAACACCCAGGCGUCGCGGUUCCGCAGGAACUGCACUAACUCGCUUCAACAAUGAUAGCGGCCGUCUCCCGCCUUCAACUCCUCUUGCAGGAUGUCCGGUGGUACCUGCAUCGAAUGGAAUCACUGCAGCUGUAGUCAAUCUACCAGUUACACAACCCACCCCAUCUGCUGCCUUGCCGAGUUCUUUUCAUGCACCGAUUUUUGCCCGUGCAGCAGAAAUGGAGGCUCGCCGGAGAGAGCGAAUGCGACAGCGUCUUCCUCUCAGUCGUCCUCUUAUUCCGACGGCACUAAAUCAUUCACUAGCUUCCUCUCAUACGCCGUCAGCACUCGUGUCUAACAAGCCCUCCGCGGACGAGAUCGAAACGCCGAAGAGUGCUUUGACCGUGGACAGUCCGGCAAUGUCCGACGAGGAGGUCGAUGCUGAGGAUGAGGAUGAGGAAGAUGAAGAUGAAGAGGAGUUCAGAGUGGCUUCUACAGAUGCUGUGGAGCGUGCAGAGAUCGGUGCCGGACAGCAUGAAGAUGAGUUUGACCCGCCAGACUUGCUUCGAGCUGAUUCCAGCGAUCAUCCCAUGCCAACUUCGGUCCCGUCUGACGAGCUAUCCCUUCCCUCGCAACCGUCGAUGCAAUCGAUGUUAUCGACAUCGCAGUCUUCCGCAUUUGCAGGUGGUUCCAGCCAUCUUCAGGUCGCAGGCCAAUUGGUCAAUCGUAGUCGAUUAAGUCCAGUAACAGAAUCUCGCUUUGACGAACAGCGUGCUGCUCGAAUUGCGGAGCCCGAAGAUCCAAUACUCGGUAAAAUGGGCUCUCCACCAGAAGAGUCCUUUUUCGAUUCCGGACAACCUUCCAGCCCGCAAGAAACCGUGCCCAGCGUUAUGGUUAGCAGUGCUUCGGAGAAAUCUGUACCGAGUGGACAAGUCCUUUCUCCAGUACCGCGGCCCUUCAUGGCUGGCACCGGGCAGGGCAACAUCAUGAUCCGCUCCCUAACGAAUGAUGCACACGAACCGCCCGAAUUGCACAGGCACAGCUCGAAGUCUUCACCGACGACACAGCUCACGUUCGCCAAGCGGACUAUACCUCCUCUUGCCAUGAAGUCGGCAUUAACGGCCCAGUUGGCUUCUCAAUUUAUGCCUUCGGACAAUCCAUUCACGGACCUUUAUGCGGCUGUAUCUGGACGGGCAGAACCCAGCGCCGUUGCGUUAGCCUUGUACUUCCCUCAUUCACGUCAAAACCGAGACCGGCCCAUACAAGUCACAGUUCGCAAAGAUGCGAGCGUUGAAGAAAUCAUUGGGUUCGGGUUAUGGACGUAUUGGGAUAAAGGUCUGGAUCCCCGCUUGGACGAAGGAUUAUUACCCGAAGGAAAAAGCGCAACUGGAGACAAGGAGCGUGAAAUUCAUCUGAGUACGGUGGGCUGGUGUCUGCGCAUGGUUGAGGAGGAUGGUGAACCUGACGAAGAUUUCCCUGCGCUCGAUCGAUCUAGGCCUAUUUCUAAGUUUGCUUUCGAUGCCUACGCUAUCUGUGAAGCUACGGAAGAUCAAGUCAAGCAGAAUGAAGUAGACAACGCUGCUAUCGUGCGGCGGCCGUCUCGUCUCACGGCGACGAGACGCCAAAACACCGUUGGUGGCCUGGGCAUACCAGAGUCUAAGCCUGGUACAUCUGUUGUUACGUCCUCCGGCAUAACCGCCCUUGCGAACACGGCUGGUUUGUCUGGCCUCGUAGGGCCUCCAGUCUUUCUACGUGUCCGAAUGGCGGCCCCUGAUGCUCCACAUUUCUCUACCACUAUUCACACAACGAGUGAUACCUAUAUUGCCGAUGUCCUGGACGCUGUCUGUCGCAAACGUCGCCUUCCGAACCCCAAGGAGUGGGGCUUGAUGACAUCCGACAUGACAAUUGCCAUACCGCUUGAUCGAACGGUAGCUAGCUUGGAAGGAAAAUUUAAUCUCGUCCUGGUUGCGCGGGUCUAUCUGCAAGAGAACGGGUUUCUGGCACAGAGGUGGAAGACUACAGAUCCGAAUGCAUCAAUAUAUCACAAGAUGGCAGAUACGGCAGAUGUCAAAGGUUCCGUUGAGACUGGUUAUAGGAAAUUCAAUGUUUACCGCAAGAUGCCUGUGCUAGGCAGACAUGAAAGAACCCUUGCAAUCGAUGGUCAUUAUAUUCAUAUAUUCCCUUCAAGCAACAUGCGCGCUUUCGCUAGCAGCUCCAAGACAUCAUCACAUCACAUCACGGCAGUGGUUUCCUGUAAACAGAGCAGAAAAGUGCCUCAAACGGUUAAGUUGGUCGUGAUGAAGGAUGGUGUGGAGAAGCGAUACGAGCUGGAAGCCGAGAAUGUGAAAGAAGCUGCCGAGAUAGUCAGUAGUAUUAAAGGUCUCCAGAAGUCAUAUCAGUUAGAGCGCAACGGCACGUAUGCUCGUGGCACAAGAGCCAGGCGAAGCCGAGUAGGAGUCUAGUUGUCGACAUCUGUAUUAGCAAGGUCAAAACUCGAAACGGGCACCUGUACAUUAGGUUUCGUCUGAAG